UUUAAAAAAAAAAAAAAAAUAUGUUGGUAAACAAUUUCAACCCAAAAAAUAUGAUUAAAAAAAAAUAAAAAAAAACAACACAUAGUUUUCAUCACCAGAAUCAAAAAGGUGGUGUCUGGAGGUUGAGGACACCCAUCUUCUUCGACAAUUAUUCUCUUACAACCCAUUUCCAAUUUCUUUAAAUUCGCUGGAGGAGCGGGAAGUUACUUGGUUUAGGAUUUUAUUUUAUUUUUUUGGUGCUGAGCUGGGUUGUUUUUAAUCUUCUAUUUUCAGUCACUUUGUCCAUGAUAUAUGAGAGCAAUUUGGUUGGCUGGAUGAUUGUGGGUUAACAGCAAAGCAAUGAAUCGUCCAUUGGAACUUGGAAGGCCUGCCUCAGGCAAAAGAAGAUUAAAAGAUUUAUUACUACAAAAAGACAAUCGCAAUUGUGCCGACUGUGGUGCUUCAGAUCCUAAAUGGGCGUCAGCUAACAUAGGAGUCUUUAUAUGCUUAAAAUGUUGUGGGGUGCAUAGGAGUCUCGGAACACAUAUAUCAAAGGUUUUGUCUGUGACACUGGAUGAGUGGUCUGAUGAAGAAAUUGAUGCGAUGAUUGAAGUUGGAGGAAAUUCUUCAGCUAACUCAAUUUAUGAGGCUUUUAUUCCUGAAGGAAUCAAUAAGCCUGCACCCGAUGCCAGUCACGAAGAGCGUUCAAAAUUUAUCCGAUCAAAAUAUGAGCUUCAAGAAUUCUUGAAACCUAGCUUGCGGAUUUUGUCCAGUAAUUCUAAGAAGAGCUCCCUUCAAGCAAGUCUUUCUAGGAAGAUUAUGGAUAGUUUUCGAAGUUCAAAUUCGUCACAAAAAUUGGAAGGCAUGGUUGAAUUUAUUGGAUUAUUGAAGGUAAAAGUGAUUAAAGGCACAAAUUUAGCUAUCAGAGAUAUGAUGUCAAGUGAUCCUUAUGUCAUCUUGAAUCUUGGGCAGCAGUCUGCUCAAACAACUGUAAUGAAGAGCAACUUGAAUCCAGUCUGGAAUGAGGAACUCAUGCUUUCAGUUCCUCAGCAUUAUGGACCUUUAAAGUUGCGGGUUUUUGAUCACGACACCUUCUCUGCUGAUGAUAUAAUGGGAGAAGCGGAGAUCGAUCUUCAACCCUUGAUAACGUCCGCAAUUGCAUUUGGAGAUGCAGGAAUGUUUGGCAACAUGCAGAUUGGAAAAUGGUUGAAAUCCCAUGACAAUGCCCUUAUAGAUGAUAGUACUGUCAACAUUAUUGAUGGAAAGGUAAAACAGGAGGUUUUACUGAAGCUCCAGAAUGUGGAAUCUGGAGAAAUGGAGCUAGAACUAGAGUGGAUGCCUCUUGACCAAUAGGUACAUAUUAUUCUUUGCUGUCUUCUGAUAUGAAUAUGUAAUUUUGAUAGAAUGAUUCAUAUGGAAUAGAACCGUGCAUUUGUCCUCUUUCCUCUUGUAUCUGUUUAUUCAAUCGGUGUCCCUGUCUUUUUAGUACUGAAAUUGGUUCCGCUGGUAAAUACACUUGUGCUUUUCCA